AUGAGGUUUUUUACGACAGGCUUAAUCUUAGCCCUGGCCACCGCUGAAGCCGUGGGAUCAAGCAAUUGGUUUAGUAAAGCCGUUUACAACAGGUGGCAUGAAACUGAGCUUGAACGAUGGCUCUCUGAUCACGACAUUCCGUAUCCAACCCCUGCAGACCGAAAGGAUCUCGAAAAUCUCAUUAAAAACAACUGGGACAAAUAUGUGCAGAUUCCCAUCAGCCACACCAACGAAGCAGUGGGUGACUCAUAUGAAAAUGCUAAGGGUUGGAUUUUUGACUCAUGGAGCGAAUCCCACUUAAAGACGUUCCUGGACAAACAUGGCAUUCCCAAUCCCCAACCAAGGAAGCGAGAUACCCUUUUGGCUACAGCACGAGAGAGCUAUGAGUCCAUUGCACAAAAAUUGGGGCAAACAACGCUCUAUCCUGGGAACUGGUUAUAUGAGCACUGGUCCGAAUCCGAUUUAAAGGAGUAUCUUGAUAGCCAUGGAUUCAACGUCCCACAACCAACAAGCCGUGAUAAACUAAUUGCUGCUGUUCGACGAAAUUCUAGACGUGCUGGCAUAGAGGCUCAGAAAGCUGCAUCAGUAGCUUCUUCGUCAGCAGCCGCAGCCCAGGAGAGUUUGACCGAAGCUCUUUUCAGUGCAUGGUCUGAAUCUGAUUUCAAGAAAUUUUUCGAUAAACACGGAAUCAAAGUCCCACAGGGCUCUCGACGUAACGAACUCGUCGCAUUGGCACGAAAGCAUAGCAAAUCACUGCUUGAAGAACCCACUGCUUCGGUCAAGUCUGUAUAUGGCGCAGCAACCACCAAGGCAGGAAAUGAGUAUGCUCGAGCAACAGAAGAUGCACAGAUGAAAAUGGAUGACCUUUUCAAUUCUGCCAUAAAUAUGUGGUCUGAUUCCCGCCUAAAAGCUUAUCUCGAUACACGCGGGGUCCCUGUUCCUCAAGGAUCAAAACGCGAUGAGCUCUUAGCUACCGUGAGAUUGCAUAGACAUAAGGCAGCUGCUGGUUAUUCUGCGUGGACAUUUGAUACCUGGAAUAGGGAAAACCUUGGAAAAUAUCUUUCUUCUCAACAUAAACAGGCCCUCGAGAAACUCGGUGAAAACAGGGCUGAACUGUUGAAGCAAGCCCAAGAUGCAUACACCAGUGCCUCUAAAGCUGGUGGUAGCAACUACGCCUCAGUGACUUCUUAUCUGGCUUCUGCAACAGAGGCUGCAAAGGAUCAUAGCUUCAAUAGUUGGUCGAAGGAGGAUCUUGAAAAGUACCUGGAAUCCUACGGAAUGAAAGGUCAGCAUGAUGCUAGCAUUGAUCGACUCCGUGAGGAAGCAAGGCGCAAUGCCGAUUAUUUCAUGUAUGGUACAGUCAAGCAGGAAGCCGGUAUUCUUGACCGAGCUUGGGGUGCUGGGCAAUGGGUCUGGGAUCAGUUGAAAAUCGGGGCUUUAAGCGGAAGGGCUGAAGGACAAAAAGCGGCAGAUGCCGCCAAAGCGAAGGUUUCAGAAGCAAAGGAAAAGUCCGAAUUGUAA